ACGGGAUACUGGGAGAGCCGGAAGAGCAGCGGACAGAGAGAAGGAGGCAGCAGAUCCCUGUACUGGCCCUCCAUCAACGCUUCAGGUGAGAACGGACUACAUCCACCAGGGGGGAUCUUUUUUUAAACACGGUCUAGACUCUGGUCGGAGCUACGUUUGUAUCAGUAAGGAUGUGGAAGGCAGCAGCAGGACAGACAGCCAAUGUGACUGUAAAUGAGGACGAUGACUGGGAGACUGACCCAGACUUUGAGAAUGACGUAUCAGAGAAGGAGCAGCGCUGGGGGGCCAAGACGGUGGAGGGCUCAGGACAUCAGGGGCACAUAGAUAUCCACCGACUGCGUGAGACAGUGUCGACAGAGCACACCAGUUUGAAGCAGAAGGAGCUGGAAACCAUGCCAAAGGCCUCACAUGGAUAUGGAGGAGUAUUUGGAGUGCAGCAGGACCGUAUGGACAAGUGUGCUGUGGGUCAUGACUACCAGAGCAAGCUGUCCAAGCAUUGCUCUCAGACAGAUACCUCCAAGGGUUUUGGAGGGAAGUUUGGAGUGCAAGCUGACCGUGUUGACCAGUCAGCUGUUGGGUUCGAGUAUGCUGGGAAGACGGAGAAACAUGCUUCACAGAAAGACUACUCCACUGGGUUUGGGGGGCGAUACGGCGUACAGGCAGAUCGUGUGGACGAGAGUGCAGUGGGCUUCGAUUACCAGGGCAAAACCGAGAAACACGAAUCCCAGAAAGAUUAUGCCAAGGGCUUUGGCGGCAAGUUUGGUGUCGAGACCGACAAGGUAGACAAGAGUGCUGUGGGCUUUGAGUACCAGGGCAAAACCGAGAGGCACGAGUCACAGAAAGACUAUGUGAAGGGCUUUGGUGGCAAGUUUGGUGUGCAGACAGACAGACAGGAUAAAUCAGCGCUGGGAUGGGACCACCAGGAGAAACUACAGCUUCACGAGUCCCAGAAAGACUAUAAGCGUGGGUUUGGAGGGCGGUAUGGGGUAGAGGUGGAGAAGCAGGACCAGUGUGCUCUGGGCUAUGAGCACAAGGAGAACCUGGCUAAGCACGAGUCCCAGAAAGAUUAUUCCAAAGGAUUUGGAGGGAAAUUUGGUGUCCAGAAUGACCGGAUGGAUAAGAGCGCAGGGACUUUUGAGGAUGUGGAGAAGCCAGCCUCAUCCUACCAGAAAACCAAACCUGUGGAGGCUGCUGGCAGCAGCACAGGAAGUAUCAAGGCCCGCUUUGAGAACAUCGCCAAGCAGAAGGAGGAGGAGGACAGGAAAAGGGACAAGCAGGAGCAAGAGGAGGCACGCCGUAAAAUCCAAGUGAAAGCCAAGGCCCCCACUCCUGUCCCUGCUGCAAGUCCCAGUCCAACUCCAAGCCCAACCCCACCAGUCCAGCCAGCCACUGCUCCCGCAUAUCAGACAGAGCAAGUGUCCCAUGAUGCUGCUGAGGAGAAUGGAGAGCAGCUGUACGAGGUGGACCCACAGAACCAGGAGGAGGAGCUCUACCAGACCCCCGAGGAGACGGCAGCAGGAGACGGCCAGCAGUACGAGUACGGCGAGGACCUCGGGGUGACAGCGGUGGCCCUGUACGACUACCAAGCAGCCGGUGACGACGAGAUAUCCUUCGACCCUGAUGACAUCAUCACCAACAUCGAGAUGAUCGACGAAGGCUGGUGGCGAGGCGUGUGCAGAGGUGCCUACGGCCUUUUCCCAGCUAACUACGUGGAGGUGCGGCAAUGAUGACGCUCCCUCAUGACGACCUGUGUCCCUGUCCAUGUGCAAAAAAAAAAAAAAAAAAAAAGAGGAAGGAGACAAUUUCAACUCGCUUUUUCACACUUU